GGUGCUCGGUAAUUGAGGGUGUGUUUGUUGUGAAUGUGCCAUGGGAUUUGAGAUUUAAUGUCUGUCAUUUUGUGCUUGGGAAUUUUGUGUGCUGUUGUCAUACAGAACUUAUGGCUUUCUGCACUCGUGGAGCUUGAUGGUGCCUCUGCCGAUAAUUAAAGUUGUUGAGCACCAAGAUACUCCAUGGAAUUACAAUUACACCAAGUAUCAUCCCAUAUCAGAGAUCUCCUCUUGGAUGGACCAGAUGGUGAAGGAGAACCCAGAUCUUGUCUCCUCCUCCGUCUACGGACACACCUUCGAGGGAAGGAACAUCACACUCCUCAAGAUAGGAGUGAGGAACCCAGUAGUCAGAGAGAAGAAGGCUAUAUGGAUGGACUGUGGCAUCCAUGCUCGGGAAUGGAUUGCUCCUGCCUUCUGCCAGUGGUUCGUCAAAGAGAUUCUGCAGGGGUACAAAACAGAGGACAAGAUUCGUCAGAUGCUCCAGAACUUAGAUAUCUAUGUCACGCCUGUCCUGAAUGUGGAUGGCUACAUGUAUUCCUGGACCAAUGAGAGUACUCGCCUGUGGAGGAAGUCCAGGUCCCUCCCUCCAGAGGGCUGCAGCUGCUACGGGGUCGACCUCAACAGGAACUUCUACGCCAACUGGGGAAUGGUAGGAGUGUCAUUUGACUGCUGCAUGCAGACAUACUGUGGCAAGGCAGCUGUCUCAGAGAAGGAGGCCAAGGCUGUGACAGAUUUCGUAGGGAACAGGACCGACCAGAUCCUCCUCUUCCUCACCAUCCACUCUCAUGGACAACUGCUUCUACUGCCCUAUGGACACCCUCAGAUAGCUGCCCCCAACCACGAUGAACUGGUCAAAGUGGGUGAAGAUGCUGCGAUGGCUAUGAAGGCGCUCCAUGGCUUGGAUUACACAGUGGGCACCUCCCCUCAAGUCCUCUACCCUAACUCAGGUUCCUCCAGGGACUGGGCCAGGCUGGUGGGCAUCCCCUUCUCCUACACGUUUGAGCUGAGGGACAAGGGUCAGUUUGGCCACAAACUCCCUGAGGACCAGAUCCAGCCAGCGUGUGAAGAGGCCUUCGCUGGAGCACGCUACAUGAUCACCUACGUCCAUGACAAAACCUUCAGCAACUCCACCCUCCCUAACACUGCGGCCAGGCUGGCUACCAUAUCCAUGGUUACAGCUAUGACCUUAUGGAGCAGUGUGGCAGUGGUGGGUUUCACCACUGGGGUGUAAGUUUAGGAAGAAGAGAGAACACAGAUUUUCCAAUCAAAUUGUGCCUUAGUUUUCCAGCAGGGGGCAGCAAUGCUCCAUGGACUGCAGCUCACUCAGGAUCUUUGUGUCAGGAUGCAGAGGAUGUAAAUAUUUCAAUAUUGUAAUCUAUUCAUAGUUCAACAGCACCUUAGCCUCAAUUUACAAAGUUUGCAGAUACUUGUUAAAGGAGGAAAUGAAGCAACCAUACAGAUUCAAGCACAAAAAAAAGAUUCAAAAAGAGUACAUUCAGAAGUUCUGUUAGAUUAAUGUGGAAAGCCUUUCUUGACAAACUUGAUCAAACAAAUGUGCGGUAAUUCAAAGUAUUUCGAAUACUAUUCCUGACCAAGGUCAGACUCAUAUCUGGCAUCGCCCCAGCUUCCAUCCCACUCUGGUCAAGUUCUACUGGAUGGAGAUUUCAGAGCUGCUGAGCUUGGCUUGGGUUCAGCUCUCCUCAAUCACCAAGACCAACACUCCAGAUCCUUCAGAUGCAUGUGACUCUCUUUAGCUCCUACAGCAGAUUACAUUCUUCUCCAUUAAGAUGGAGGUUGAUAAUUACACAGUUGCAUGUCUGUGCUGAAGUAUCUCCUGGCUGUAGCUGGUGUGAGACUCUGGAGAGGGGGAAAUCAAUACCAAGGCACAGUGAUUAAUUGGACCUAUUUUCUUCUGGCUUGUUUCCCUCCCCCUGGGCCUAUCAGUGAUGCCUUAAUUUGUUGAUGAGUGAGUGCUCCAAUCAAAUGUGAGUUUUUCACAUGGGAGUGGGCGUUGUGCCGUUUAAAGUCAGUACAGCGCAAGUUAUUGGAUGAUAAAAUACUGUAUACUGUUUGAUUGUAUUGUUAAGU